AUCAACAAAGACGCAAUGGCCGAGCCGGCGAGGCGCGCUCGGGCCGACUUCGGGCGGCGACCCCCUGCCAUGCCCAUUCUCCGACGCCAGCAGCAGCAACACCGUGGUCGCGCAGUCUUCGCCACGCUCCUGGUGGACGGCGUGGGUCGUGCGGGAGUGCGCUGCGGCUCCGUCGAUGCCCUGUUCCGCAGACGGCCCGAGGGCCGCGUGGCCUCGCCGACGGCUGCCCGUUGCCGGAGCCAGGAACGAGCUCCCCGGGAAGCCUACGGCGCCGGCUGGGCCGUCGGUCGCAGAUUGGCUGAAGUGAAAAAAGAAGAAGGCAACGAGCUGUAUGGUCUUCAGAAGUACGAUGAAGCAGUCAAGCGCUACACAGAAGCAAUCGAAUUGGAUGGCAGCAACGUGGCCUACUACUCUAAUCGGGCAGCUUGUUACAUGAUGCUGGGGAACCAUAGGGCCGCCCUAGAUGACUGCCACCAGGCUUUACAGAGAGAUCCACACAAUGCCAAGAGCCUGCUGCGGGAGGCCAAGUGCUAUGUUGCAUUAGGGGACCCAGCUGCUGCAUUAAGAAGCCUUCAUUUGCUGCGUGAUCUGGAUCCUCAGAACCCAGCACUCCCGCGUGAGCUAAAAAGUGCAGAGAUCCUGCAGCACUUCCUGGAUGAAGGUGAUAAGGCCUAUGAAGCACAGAACUAUGAAAAGGUCAUCUACUGCAUGGAUCGUGCAUUGCAGCAAGCCGUCUCUUGUUCCAAAAUUGAAGUGCUCAGAGCUGAGAGUCUUGCCCUUUUGAAGCGAUUGACUGAUGCACGCCAGAUUGCCAACAACAUUAUGCGUGCUGAGCCCACAAAUGCAGAUGCCAUGUAUGUGAGAGGUCUGUGCUUCUACUACGAAGACAACAUUGAGAAAGCCCUGCAACACUUUCAGCAAGUUUUGAGGCUAGCACCAGAUCACCCCAAGGCAUCUGCAGCAUACAAGAAAGCACGUCUAUUAAAGUCAAAGAAGGAUGAAGGCAACGAGGCAUUCAACAAAGGGAACUUCCAAGAGGCAUUUAACAUUUACACAAGUGCUCUAGAAGUGGAUCCCAGCAACAAACUUGCAAACUCAAAACUGUACUUCAAUCGUGCAACUGUCUGCUCAAAGAUUAACAAGCUCAAUCAAACAGUUGAAGACUGCACUACUGCCAUAUCCUUGAAUGAAGAUUACCUGAAGGCCUACAUGAGACGUGCCAAAACCUACAUGGAUCUGGAAAUGUACGAGGAGGCCGUUCGCGACUAUGAGCGCAUCUUGCGGAAAGACCAUACUCGAGAAAACAAAAGAUUGCUGGAUCAGGCAAAAUUAGAGCUGAAGAAGAGCAAGCGCAAGGACUAUUACAAGGUUCUUGGAAUACCCAAAGAUGCUACUGUCGAUGACAUCAAGAAGGCUUACAGGAAACGUGCCCUCCUGCACCACCCUGAUCGACAUUCCAAUGCUUCUGAGGACAUGAAGCGGGAACAAGAGAAAAAAUUCAAGGAGCUUGGUGAGGCCUACAACAUUCUCUCUGACCCUAAGAAGCGCAUGCGUUAUGAUGAAGGCCGUGAUUUGGAAGACAUGGACGGCUUUUCUUCAGAUGCCAGUCCUCAUGUUUUUCGGACAUUCUUUGAAACUCCUGGAUUCUUUUCGACGGGUGGUAGUUCCUUCCAGCAUGAUGCAGGGUUUGGCUUUCCCGGAGGCUUCAGUUUUCAGUUUGGAUAAAUCUGAAUCUUUGCUGCCAAGUGUGUGUUUGUUCAUAUUAUUGUUAUAAAUUUACAGAAUAAAUUGUCCGCAGUCUUCAUGCACAGAAUACUGUUAGAUGCUAAGCAAUUUCUUGCCUCCUGUUUUUUAAAUCCAUGCACAGUCAUCCUUUCAGUAAAUGCCAAUGUUCAUAAAUGGUGCAUGAUGAUUUGUGUGGAUGUGUUCAUUAGUUUUCACUCAUUCAACUCUGUUGCCAACUGUCAAUAAAAGCAUUCCAUCAAUGCUU